AUGAACAUUCAAUCAUGUGGAACCUGUGGUUUAAUUGCACUGACUGCUAAUACACUUGUAAUGGUCAUGCGUGUAGUUUGUGUUUCUAUCACAGAGUUUAUUAUUGGUAUUAUGUACCUUUACCAGUGUCCCAUUCAGCCGUCGAUGCCAAUUUUUAAUUUGGUAGCUGGCUGUAUCGGCAUUCUGCUCCUCAUAACAGCAGUAUGUUCGGCUGUGUCAAAGGCAACGAAUUCGGCAGAAUGGGAUUCAUGCUGUGAAGUUGCUGGUGUACUACUAAUUCCUUGUGGUGCUGUUAUUUUGAACAUAAUUAUGUUUAUAUUCGAAGUAAUUAUCAGUGCUUCUUUGACUAGUAUUAGCACUGCAAAUGGAACCCAAUCCCACAAUUCCACUCUCAAUACGUAUUGUAAUCCCACUUUAUAUUCGGGCAGCUUAGCCAUGACUAUAAUAUAUUAUGGCGCAAACGGCAUUGUAUUAAUAGUCUACAUCAUGUUUAAACUACUUUCGUAG